AUGGAUACUAGCGACGCCGAGGGAGACGCGGCUGAUCCCGACGACAGGCCGACAUGUAUCACACCCCCUGCGACAGGGCUUCAGUUUCUCCGCGCUGUGCAUGCAGAUAACGCUCGCGAUGAGGAGGAGCUGGGCGAUGGCGGUACCGAAUGGAUGCGCCGUCCUGGCAAGGAAAGUGGCGGCAUGGAAGAUGCGUACGACGAUUGGUGUCCUUCUCCGCGCCCGAUGAAUGACGCUGCUGAGUCCGACAGUGUUGAGGAGUGGAUCGCCUCGCCGCGAAACGAGGUUGCUGCAGAGCCGGCUGAAACGGUUGCAACGCAGGUCGUCGAUGCGGCCACUCCUGAGUCAUCCGGUUCAGUCGCUGUGAAGAAGCGACGGUACACGCAGCAGGUUUUGCAGUGGGGAACACCGCCUCCGAAGCCCGUCGCUCCACCUCCCCGUGCUGCCCCACCCCCCAUUCGUCCCCUUACAGAUGAGGAGAAGAAGGAGAAGGCGUACCUGAAGGCGCAGAAGAGCUACAAGUCUGAUUGGCUGCCGAAGUUUGACUGGCUGAUUCUGGACAAGACGCCAGAGGGUGACCCGUGCCUGCGCUGCAGUGUCUGCAUGGAGCACGGGAAGGACAACGCGCGUUACGGUCGCAAUGGCGCUGGCGGUCGUGAUCUGCAGAUCGGGUCGAUGCGGUGGCACGAGAACAGCGCGAAGCACGACGCCAUGAACAAGCAGGCAAACCUUCUGCAGAAGAUCGUGGACCAGAAGAAGAUUGAAGACUUCACGAAUGGAGAUCCGGAAGGCUGUCGCGUCGCGGUACUCAUGCGCGCCAUGCGUUUUGUGUGCCGUACCGACACACCCAUCCACAUGUACCCACAGGUCGUGCAGCUUCUCGCAGAGGAGGGGGUCGCCAACAUUCCGCAACAAAGCUAUGGAGUGUACAUCACGCACGAAGCACUUGCUGUGAAGGAGACGGCCAAAGCCGAGCAGUUCCAAGAUUUCCGGAUGGUAGACAAGGCCAUCCGUGCAGUGGGCGAGAUCGUGGGGAGAUCCACGCCGUGGUACGAGCGGUUCAAAGAGCUCCAGAUCGUGAUCCACAGCACCAACCUCGAGCACCAGGGACUGUUCGACGUGCGCUGGCUCUCCCGUGCCGAUGCGGUCAACCGGCUUGUCAAGAUUUUGGGGUCGGCAAUCGUGCUCUUUCUGGAGUACAAGCACAAGAUCGCCUCGGUUGUGAAGACCCUGAAAUUCCACUUCUGUCUGUAUUUCCUGGCAGACAUUUUGGGGGAGUUGAACUCCCUGAACCGUUUCUUCCAACGACGCAAGGUAAAACGUGCCCUAAAGGAUUGUUGA